AUUAAACAGAGUUUACCAAACACAAAAUGAUGAAAGAAAUAGAGAAAAUUAAAGGAAAAGAUGUGUCAGGUGAAGGGAGAUCUCAAUCGGAUACGACGCCGCUUCUGGGCAAACAUAAACACAAACACAAACAACAACAUCAUCAUCCAAUUAUCCGGUUCCAUUCCUCUCCCUCCGCAUGUUCCCACAGCAUCUCCUCUCCUUUGUUCCUUGAAAUGGCCGCCGCUAUCUCCUCCUCCUCCUCCCCUACUUCCCGUCGUUCAAUCUUCCUCGGCAUCGACGUCGGCACCGGUAGCGCACGCGCCGGUCUCUUUGAUGAGCAAGGGAAGCUUCUAGGAUCUGCUAGUAGCCCAAUACAAAUAUGGAAAGAAGGUGACUGUAUCGAGCAAUCUUCAACUGAUAUCUGGCAUGCAGUCUGUUCAGCUGUAAAAUCAACAUGUUCACAUGCAAAAGUUGAAGGGGAAGAGGUGAAGGGCAUUGGAUUUGCAGCUACUUGUUCACUUGUGGCUGUGGAUGCAGAUGACUCUCCUGUUACAGUUUCUUGGAGUGGUGAUUCAAGAAGAAAUAUUAUAGUCUGGAUGGACCAUAGGGCUGUUAAACAAGCUGAGAAGAUUAAUUCUCGUAACUCGCCUGUGUUACAAUACUGUGGUGGAUCUGUUUCACCGGAGAUGCAGCCACCAAAGCUUUUAUGGGUGAAAGAAAAUUUGCAAGAGUCUUGGUCAAUGGCUUUUAGGUGGAUGGACUUGAGUGAUUGGUUGUCAUACAGGGCAACAGGAGAUGAUACACGAAGCCUAUGCACCACAGUAUGCAAAUGGACAUAUCUUGGUCAUGCACACAUGCAGCAGAUGAAUGAGAGAGAUUCUCGUGACAUGGAAGCUUGUGGAUGGGAUGAUGAUUUUUGGGAGGAGAUUGACUUAGGUGAUCUUGUUGAGGGCCAUCAUGCUAAGAUCGGACGAAGUGUAGCUUUUCCAGGCCAUGCUUUGGGAUCUGGUCUCACUCCUACUGCUGCAAAGGAACUUGGUCUUGUAGCUGGAACGCCUGUCGGGACAUCACUGAUUGAUGCACAUGCUGGUGGUGUGGGGGUAAUGGAAAGUCUGCCUGAAAAAGAGGACGAUAAUGAAGCUAUAUGCCGUCGUAUGGUGCUGGUCUGUGGCACUUCUACUUGUCAUAUGGCUGUAUCACGGGACAAGCUAUUUAUUCCUGGGGUAUGGGGACCAUUUUGGUCAGCAAUGAUACCUGAGUACUGGCUCACAGAAGGGGGGCAGAGUGCUACUGGUGCAUUAUUGGAUUACAUAAUUGAGAACCAUGUUGCUUCUCCUCAACUUGCAAACCGUGCUGCCUCUCAGAAAACUUCUGUGUUUCUGCUACUGAACAUGAUGUUAGAAUCAAUGAUGCAUGAGAUGCAGUGUCCGUUUAUUUCUGCUUUGACUGAAGAUACACAUGUCCUUCCUGACUUCCAUGGAAAUAGGUCUCCUGUUGCAGAUCCAAAAGCAAAAGGAGUAGUGUUUGGAUUGACUCUGGAUCCUAGUGAACAACAAUUGGCUCGUCUAUACCUUGCCACAGUACAGGGUAUUGCAUAUGGUACACGCCAUAUUGUGGAGCAUUGUAAUGCUAAUGGUCACAAGAUUGAUACAUUGCUUGCAUGCGGUGGCCUCUCAAAAAACCUCCUUUUCAUUCAAGAGCAUGCAGAUAUUAUUGGUUGCCCUAUAAUACUUCCUCGUGAAAGUGAGUCGGUGCUCUUAGGGGCUGCUAUUCUCGGUGCAGUUUCUGCAAAGAAGUAUACUUGUCUUAAUGAGGCUAUGAAAGCACUUAAUGCAGCUGGUCAGGUCAUUCAUCCAUCAACAGACCCAAGGGUGAAGAAGUAUCAUGAUGCUAAAUACCGCAUCUUCCGAGAACUUUAUGAGCAGCAGCUGUCGCAACGUUCGAUUAUGGCUCAAGCUUUGGCAUAGGUAAUGAGGUAUCUGGUGGCAACUUGUGUAUUUCAAUUGGGUGUUUGGUUUUAACAAAAAAAUGAGUUGAAUUUUAAAGAAGUCGGGCGGUGUAUUUACUUGUAAAUAUCUAUAUACAUCUUUGGUUUUGCA